AUGGGUGAGGUGGAGUUGUCCUGUCUGGCUUAUGCCAAAAUGUACCUACAUGCAAGUCAGUUCCCACGCUGCAGUGUGAAUGGUUUGCUCUUGUCCUCCAGUCCAGCAGGGGGGGCUACAUGUAUCACAGACUGUGUGCCGCUGCUUCACUCACACUUAUCUCUAGCUCCAAUCACGCAGCUCGCUCUCACACAGGUCGACGUCUGGUGUUCGCAAACACAGCAAAGGAUUGUGGGAUAUUAUCAAGCCAAUGCUUGUGUCUCAGACAGCAGCCCUACACCGUGUGCAUUGAAAAUUGCAGAGAAGAUCUUCGAGCAGUGUAACAAUGCUGUUUUGCUCAUGAUUGAUGGAGAGAAGAUGUUUCCAGGCUGCCGUGUUCCUCCAAUUGUGAUGUAUGAGCGGAAAGACGCCCGUUGGGCUCUUAAAGACAAACACACAAUAAUGCUUCGGCAGUGGGAAGAAACCUGUUCCAUAGUUAAUCAGCUGUUCAGCGCUGGUGAUCAGGCGCUAUUGGUGGACUUUGACAGCCAUUUGGAUGACAUCACAAAAGAUUGGACCAAUCAGAAACUCAAUGCCAAGAUCAUGGAGCUGGUCUCCCCAGCCAAUGGAAAUGUUUAACUAUAUAGAUUAAAUCUGCUCACCUCAUAAUUUUUCCUCUUCAGAAUGUCACCAUAAAAUUGUGUUUUUAGGUUAUUUCACUUUGUGUAUCAUCACAUUUAUAUGAUAUAAAUGAUGUUCCCAAAUAUGCAAAAAGAGCCGUUUUAAUUCUUUUUGGGGUAUGAUUAAGUGCUUUGACCCUAAAAAUAAACACGCUAACAUUGAGGUAGAUUCUUGAUAUGAGCAGCAUAUUUUUUUUCUUACUUAGAUCACUUUGAUCAUCUGUCAUAUUUCAGUAAUUUAAUAAUAAGCUAUUAAUUUGUUUGUUUUUAAAUAUUUAUCUAACUAAACAUUAAAUUAAUCUGUAAAAACUACA